UCAAUUUAAUAAAAUAUAUUAUUUUUGAAGUACAAAAUCAAUACCCUUCGAAAGUCCUGUUAAUAUUAUUCUAAUCGUCAACGUAAUUUGGAUGAAAAUUCCAUGAAAUCCAUCACUUUCAUCACCCGGAAUUGAAUUUUGGAUUUGAAACUCUUUAUUGAUAGAACUGCACGAUCUUGAAUAAACAUUCCAGUUUGAACCCAAAUAUACAAUAGGAAAAAAAUGGGUAUAUAACAAUUAUCUAAUUAACUUAUUUGUAAAAAAUAAAAGCAUCAAUCAAAAAGAGCCCAAAUAUCUUGAAUACACCCACCUGUCAAAAACUCUAAGUUAAAAUUUGAGAAUAUUUACUUAUGAAUAUGACGUAAUAUCUUGAGAGAACAAAUUUCUAAUUAUUCCCAUCUCUAAUUCCAUGGAGAAAAUGUACUCUAUCAUUAUUCCUUUUAAAAAAAUUAAUAUGCAAUGGAAAGUUUUAAGAAAUUUUCCUUUCCAUUUUGGCAUUUUGCUUAUGUUUUUGGUCUGAUGGAGAGAACCCGUUCUAGAUUAUGGCAGCUUCCUUGAUUUUUAUAGAAUGCUAAAUUUCUUCACCAAAAGUGAUAAUUGUCAAUCUUUAGACGCCCAAUACCUUGUCUUGCUGAAAAAUUCAAAGUCAUUCACCAUAAAGGUCAACAGGAAACUAAAAUUUUAAUAUUUGAUGAUGAACCAGCCAUGCACUAUAAAUAGCCUCCUUCCCUUUGGUUGAAGCACCACACAACCUCUUAUCAAUAAAACUUCUCGACAUACAAAAGAAAUAUACAACAGACCCAAAUGGCUCCAAGUUUCGAUAAUGGCAACUCACUUUUCAACUUUGUCGUCCAAGAUGGAAACGGCGUGAAGGGAUUGGUGGACUCUGGCAUAUCAAAGGUGCCCCAGGCUUACAUUCAACCACCAGCCGAGCAGAUUGAUAAGAAAAAUGCAACCAAAUGUGAGAUGCCACCGGUUGAUUUGUCGAGGCUUGAUGGCCCUGACCAUGAUGAAGUAGUCAAGGAGAUUGUUAGAGCCUCUGAGACUCUUGGCUUCUUCCAAGUUGUGAACCAUGGAGUACCCGUCGAUCUACUGGAGUCCCUUAAAGGGACCGCCCAUAACUUCUUUGGUCUGCCCGCUGAAAGGAAGGCUGUUUAUUGCAAAGAAGUGAGUCCAACCCCGUUAGUGAAGUAUGGUACGAGCUUUGUCCCAGAAAAUGAGAAAGCAUUGGAAUGGAAAGACUAUAUUAGCAUGGCCUACACUAAUGAUGCUGAAGCUCUUGAACAUUGGCCUGUAGAGUGCAGGGAUGUUGCUCUUCAAUACUUGAACACAUCGCUUGAUAUGGUGAGGAAAUUGCUUGAAGCUUUGAUGGGAAAUCUUGGAGUGGAACUAGAUGACUCAAAGAUUGAUGCAUUCAUUGGAAAGAAGAUGGUUAAUAUGAACUAUUAUCCAACAUGUCCUAGUCCUGAGCUCACAGUUGGUGUAGGACGCCAUUCUGACAUGGGUACUCUCACAAUCUUAUUACAAGAUGGGAUUGGCGGUUUGUAUGUAAAAGUCCCAGAAGAUGUAGACAUGGAAAAGAGGGGACAGUGGGUCGAGAUUCCUCCUGUUCCUGGUGCCUUGGUCAUCAACAUUGGCGAUAUGUUACAGAUAUUAAGUAAUGGAAGGUACAAAAGUGCAGAACAUAGAGUUCGCACCACAAGCACAAAGUCCAGAGUGUCAAUACCAAUAUUUACGAGCCCACAAGCAACACAAAAGAUUGCACCAUUGCCUCAGGUGGUCGAGAAAGAUGGAGUGGCUCGAUAUAGAGAGUUUGUUUUUUCAGAUUACAUGAACAGCUUUUUUGGAAAUGCACAUGAUGGCAAGAAGUCCCUUGAGUUUGCAAAACCCAACUUGGCUUGAAAUAGAAGACAUAUUCUACUCUAUUCUCGGUGCUAUUGAUUUUGGCACAUCUAUUACUCCCUCUUAUGUUUAGCACAAGUGUUUUACAUGUGACAAUAAAAUGAUGAUGAUUUAGGGUAGCCUCCGAUAUCUGUUCUUUCUAUAUUUUCGAACCAAAAGUUGUAAUUCAUCAGCUUCUUAUUUGUAAUUGAGAUCACAACUAUUUUUCUGAUUAUUAGCAACAAUAUUCAAAAUAUAUGUAGUAUUAAAAAUCAAUAACGUAGCAUAUACAGUAACAUAUAUAAUUUUCCUACCAAAAUAAAACAGGGCAGUGUUUUGAUUUGGGCAAGUGGAUUCAACCCCUAUUGAAAAACUCAAUGAAUUAUGUAUCAAUCAAUUGAGUCUAAGUGAUAUUUAGCAAGUUUAGUAUUUUAAUUCCAGCCCUUGUAGCAUUUUCUUUUAUACUCAAACUGCGAUCUUUUAUCUACAAAAAAAGAAUGAUAAAAUGAUUAAAAAAAAGCUCUCUAAUAAAAAUUUAAUAAUAA